AUGGCAAGAGUCUUCACGCAGGCGGCCUCCCCGCUCAAGCUCAACCUCCACGCACCCAAACCCGCGUCGCGCUUCGACGACCUCUCCUUCGACCCGAUGGACGCCUCGCCGCUGCCGGCGCGCGGCCUCGCCGCUGCCGGGCGCGGCACGAAAGUGAUCCUCACCGACCUCCGAAAGCACGACGACCUCAACGGAGAGGUCGGCUUCAUCGUCUUCAAGCCAGACGACCGCUUCGACGGCGAGCUCCGGUACCGCGUCCUCCUGCGCGACCACCCGGACAUCGUCUUCGCCAAGGGCUCAAACCUGCUCGUCGACACGACCGUCGACGACCACCCGAUCCAGUCGCUCCUCGACUGCUUCAAGCAGAAGCUCGGACUGACCGCCUCGAUCGACGGGGACAUCACCUUCCGCCUCUCGCUCCUCGCAAGCCUGUCCCCGAGCGCCCCAUCGCGAACCGUGUCUGCGCAGAUCUGGGACGCCGCCUCCUUCGACCACGAGUCCGACAGCGCAGUGGUCGAACUUGCAAAGAUUCCCGAUGAGCAAGCGCUGGUGCGUCCAAAUUCGAACGCAGACCAGUUGGAAGCAUCGCCGCUCAGCUUCAAAAACACCGAGAACCGCUGCCUUUGGAAGAACAUCCUUCCGGUCAAGAUCAAGCGGAAGGUCAGCCUUCUGCUGGACGAGGGCCUUCUCUCGUGGCAGGAUGUCCUCGAGGACGGCAACGUCUUCUGGGAGAUUGCGUACACCGACACCCCCGACUGGCCGGAGCCGGAGCGGUGGUACCAGGCAUCCCGACCCCCGCCAUCGCCCAGCCGCUCGCGCCGCCUCGGCCGCGAGCUGUACCCGCUGUACUUCCCCGACGAGCCGGAGGAGGCGCGCGCGGCGAUGGCCGUCCGGGCGAAGACGCUCUCCGACUACGAGGAGGAGCGCAAUCGGCAGGCACGCGUCUCGAGAGUGAUCGAGAACCAGCAGAUGCUCGUCAAGCUCGGCAUCACGACGCUCGACAUCCGCAACGAGCGCGGCGAGGCCGAGAAGAAGGCCAACGAGCGCCGCGAGCAGCCCUCGACCAGCUCGGCGCCGACUCGCGCCUCGGCGCGCCAGGCGUCGGCAGACUACAACCAGCCCAACUACCUUGCGCCCGCCAAGCCCUCCCGCAAGGCGAAGGCGGCCAAGAAGGCGCCGACCGGCGGCAAGGCCAAGGCGGGCGGCGAGCGCAAGAAGAAGCGGGUCUCGACCCGCGGCGCCUCUGCGAGCAUCACCCCCGGCGGCCGCGGCUUCGUGUGCAUCAACCCCGACUGCGACGAGGCGAGCCCACACGCCCCUCUCGCCGCCUGGCUGCAGGUAAAGUGCCUCUUUGACGGCUGCGCGAAGCCGUGGGUGAAGUGCCAGCUCCGCAACUCCGGCAGCAUCAACCUCCACCACGUGCGGGCGCACGAGGCGCUCCACACCAUCGGCGACCCGCCGCGCAAGGGCUUCGUUUGCCCAAGCUGCGACUCCCUGCACGACACGGCCGACGCGGCGUGGGCGUGCGCGGCGACGCACGGCGUCGAGCACGACAACAAGCGCUGCCUGUGGGAUGGCUGCGGCGAGACCUUCCGCGUGCCGGCGGCCUACAAGGCGCACGAGCCCAAGCACACGGGCAUCUGGCCCUACCACUGCCCGACCUGCGGCGCGGGGCAGAAGACAAAGAUAGAGGCGGAGCGCCACUGCGUCAUCGGGUCCGCCUGCGUCUGCGGCUGGGUAUCGUACGCCGACCGCGGCAAGAUCAACAACGAGAAGGAGCUCGCCACGCACCUCAAGCGCUGCCGGGCGGAGGGCGGGCUCGCGACCAAGGACACCCUGGCCGUCGGCCAGGUCAAGCGCCGCAAGCUCAACGAGGCGGAGUGA